CGCAUCGGAACCUUGCAGGUGACGUGGAAUAUGGGGACAACAACGAUAAAUCCCUGUGAAUCAAGACGCUAUCAAACCUAUUCUAGCUACAGUCGAUUAAUCUAGUGAUAUUUUCUAUCUCAAUUAGUCAAAAUAUACUUUUAAAUACCUGUACCUUCGCUUGUAGAAGUUGCCAGGAGUCAGGACUGGCGCAGGAUCACCAUAUUGAUAUUGUAGCAGCCAGAGAUAACGUUUGUAUUCGUAUGAGAGCUCUCUGAGUAUCCUGUGAUUCUCAGUCAUGGCUACUCCAGAUGAUUUAACGUUUCAGGAGUUUGAGGAAGCCGCAGAUCUCCUGUCUUCAAACCCUGGAGCCUCGACCCUGAGCAUCUCCAGCCCCGGGGCAGCAGCCUCCUCUGGAGAGGUCAGACUCGACCUCUCAGACGAUGAAGACAAGCAGCAAGAGAGCUCAGAGCUGCUUGGAGGUGAAAAACAAACGGGUGGUUUCUGGACGUUUGAGUACUAUCAAUCAUUCUUCAAUGUAGAUACAAUGCAGGUGCUGGACAGGAUAAAGGGCUCAGUCAUGCCUUUGCCCGGACGGAAUUUCGUCAAACACCACAUUCGAAAUAACCCUGAUCUCUAUGGUCCUUUCUGGAUCUGUGUGACUCUAGUGUUCUCCGUGGCCAUCAGCGGAGACCUCUACACAUUUCUGAUCAAAAUGGGAGACCCAGAGUUUCACUACAGACCUCAGUUCAACAAAGUCUCGAUUGCGGCCGUCACAGUGUUCCUCUAUGCAUGGCUGGUGCCUCUGGGAGUUUGGGGCUUCCUGACGUGGCGUCAAAGUGUUGAGAGACACAUCAGCGGUUACACGUUUUUAGAGACCGUGUGUGUCUACGGCUAUUCUCUGUUCAUUUAUAUCCCGACCUCGAUAUUAUGGACCAUUCCCGUCUACUGGUUUGAAUGGCUAUUGAUGGCCAUUGCCUUAGUGAUCUCGGGCUCGGUGUUGGUAAUGACGUUCUGGCCGGCUGUUCGCGACGACACAAGACUAACCGCAUUCGCUACCAUGGCAGUAAUCGUGUCACUUCAUGCCCUUCUGGCUGUUGGCUUUAAGCUCUACUUCUUCGAAACACCAAAAUCCACAGGAUCACCGCACUCGGGACAACAGACUACCCCAGCUGCAAAUCACACACUAGCUGUGGGAAAGCAUUAAUGACCAACUGAAUGGGAACCUAGGAGUCUUUCUAUUCAAAGGACAUGAAAAAUGUGUAGUAAUCCUGAUAACCGAGCAAUGAAGGAGUUCAGAUUAGUGUGCUGAUGCUCCACGCACACAAGCAUUCCCAGCAAACACACGAAAAAGUUUCCAGUUUGUAACUAACCCGGCAGAUAAAAUAAGCUCCCUCACACCAGAGAAAUCACAAUGACUUACAGAUGACUUUAGUUUGUGAUUGUUUUUCUUUCAUACGUGAUGUGACCUGCCUGAUAAUAUUUUCCUCAAGUGUUACGGUCACUUUUUUUUUUGUUUCUUUCGAUCAAAAUGGAUUAAUUUAUAAGAGUGAUCUUGUAUUAUCUGAGGUUUGCCUUAUAACCCCCGACUGCUUUCUUCCGUGUAGGCUACUUUCUCUCGUUAUUCUGUAAGUUGAGAGAAAGUACCUGUAAUAACUAUUUAACAGUUUUCUGCUUUGACACUGGAUUAAAAUCAUUCUUGUCAGGGUCAAA